AAGCCUAGCCCAUCGUUAGCGUUCCUCCCUCCACUCUUCGCCCUCGCCGCCGGCCGCCGCCUCUGCCGUAACUAACCAGCAAGCGCUCGCCAUGGCGCUGCGCCGAGCCGCCUCCCUCCUCCUCAGGCAUCGCCUGCGGGCCCCCGUUCCGACUCCCACGCGCAAAACCCUAAGCCCUUUCCCCCCGCCACCCCGCCGCCACUUCUCCUCGCGACCACCGCCUCCCGUCCCUGCUUCCGCCGCCGCAAUUGCGGACGCCGCCGAGGAGGUGUUCGAGGCGGCGAGGACAACGAACGACAUGCUCGCGGCCUUCUCCCGCCUCGAGGCCGCCGUGCCCGCCUCCGACAAGCGCCUCGCCCUCGCCUGCCUCAAGCUCGGCCAGCACCUCGAGGCAUCCGGCUCCGCGGACCCAUCCCGCGUCCUCUCCCUUGCCCUUCGAUGCCUAAACAUCCUCGAGGCGAGCCCCAACGCCUCCGCCUCGGACGCCGUCUCGCUCGCCAUGGCCCUCCACCUCGCCGGCUCCGCCUCCUUUGACCUCUCCCGCUUCCACGACUCGCUCUCCUUCCUCUCCCGCUCCCUCCGCUUCGUCUCCCCUCUCCUCCCCGAUAAAGCCGCCGCCUUUGGGGAAGUAUCCGAAGGGUUCGACGUCAGGCCCGUGGCGCACGCGGUGCGCCUGCAGCUGGCCAACGUGAAGACGGCGCUGGGGAGGCGGGAGGAGGCGCUCGCCGAUAUGCGCGCCUGCCUCGAUCUCAAGGAGUCCAUUCUGCCGCCGGGCAGCCGGGAGCUGGGCGCCGCGUACCGGGACCUCGCGGAGGCGCACGCCGCCGUUCUCGACUUCAAGCAGGCGCUGCCACUGUGCCAGAAGGCACUGGAGCUGCACGAGUCGACGCUCGGAAAGAACUCGGUGGAGGGUGCGCAUGACAGGCGGCUGCUCGGGGUCAUAUACACUGGGCUGGAGCAGCAUGAGCAGGCGCUGGAGCAGAAUGAGAUGUCGCAGAAGGUGAUGAAGAGCUGGGGUUUGGCUGGCCCUGAGCUCCUGCAUGCUGAAAUUGAUGCAGCGAACAUCAAAAUCGCAUUGGGACAGUUCGAUGAGGCUGUCAGGGUGUUGAAGAAUGUCGCUAAGCAGGUGGAGAAGGAUAGUGAGAUACGAGCUCUGGUGUUCAUAUCCAUGGCGAAGGCGCUCGCUAACCAGGAGAAGGCUGGGGACACAAAGAGGUGCUUGCAGAUUGCUUGUGAUAUUCUAGAGAAGAAAGAAUUGGCCGCACCCGACAAUGUGGCAGAGGCGUAUAUUGAGGUAUCCUCACUGUAUGAGAUGGUGAACGAGUUUGACAAGGCGAUAUCUUUGCUGAAGAGGAGCCUGGGGAUGCUUGAGAGGAUCCCUCAGGCACAGCACAUGGAGGGCAAUGUUGCAGCGAGGAUUGGUUGGCUGCUUCUCUUGACCGGGAAGGUCUCUGAAGCUGUCCCGUACUUGGAGGAUGCGGUGGAGAGGAUGAAGGACAGCUUUGGUCCAAAGCAUUAUGGAGUAGGGUAUGUGUAUAACAACUUGGGUGCUGCGUACAUGGAGAUGGACCGACCACAGUCUGCUGCACAGAUGUUUGCACUCGCAAAAGAAGUCAUGGAUGUUUCCUUGGGACCUCACCAUUCAGAUACUAUCGAGGCCUGUCAGAGCCUCGCUAAUGCAUACAAUGCAAUGGGAAGCUAUGCCCUGGCUAUGGAGUUCCAAAAGAGAGUGGUUGAUUCAUGGCGAAGCCAUGGUCCUGAUGCUAGGGAUGAGCUCAAGGAAGCUAUUCGACUCUACAACCAGAUCAAGACAAAGGCUCUUGCAUCCCUGUCACCUGAAGAUUCAGCAAAUGCAUUGCCUGAACCUCAGGAGCAGGAAACAGAUUCUGAUUCUGCCAAAGCUGUGCAACAUUAAUAUCUUAGUUCAGUAUUGAGGCACUAUCUUUUCUAUUAUUAUAACAUUUUGAUGUUUAGUUCGUGGUAGAAGAAAUUUUGUUUGUAUAUCUAGCGAUUUCCAUUAAGCAACCUUCUGUAUCAUCUAGAAGACUUAACAGUCUGUCUAAAAUGUACCUAUGUUCACAUCAUAAAGAAUUAGGAGGUUGAUGCAA